CUGUUAUUCAAAUUGCACCCUUACUCUCUAAUUGGCCAGAACAUAUAUAUAUAUAUAUAUAUAAAGACUCGUCGUUGAAACGUUUCACUAAAAUGAAUUAUACCCUUUUUCACUUUUACUUGUUUGAGCUCGGUUUUCACGGUUUCCUCUAUGGUGUUCAUAAAUCCGGAGACUUUAAUCAGGAAACAGGAUACUGAAAUCGUUAUUUAAUCUCCUAGUAAUGGAAUGGCCAGAAUUGCAUUCUUCGGUGGCUGUAAAUUCUCACUCAGUCACUCAUCUUCACCAUUUGCUAAGCUCCUGGAAACCUGCACGAAAUCUAGGUCAUCAACAGACGUCCGGGCUGUCCAUGCUUCCAUUGUCAAGUCUCAGUUCAUUCAUGAAGUGUUCAUCAACAAUAGGCUGAUCGAUGUGUACGGAAAAUGUGGGUAUUUUAAAUACGCCCGUAAGUUGUUCGACAAAAUGCCUACAAGAAAUGCCUUUACUUAUAAUUCAAUUAUCGGUGCAUUGACGAUGUCUGGAUCGAUAGAUGAGGCUGAAAAGGUUUUUGCUUCAAUGCCUGAACGUGAUCAGUGUUCCUGGAAUUUGAUGGUCUCUGGUUUUGCUCAGGCUGAGAACUUUGAUAGAUCUUUGGAGUAUUUUGUGAAAAUGCAUGAAGCAGAUUUCAUGCUGAAUGAGUAUAGUUUUGGGAGUGCACUCAGCGCUUGUGCCGGAUUGCGGGACUUGCGAAUGGGUAUACAAAUUCAUGCUUGUCUUGCUAAGUCAAGGUUCGAAUUGGAUGUCUAUAUGGGCUCUGCGCUAAUCGACAUGUAUGGAAAGUGCAGGGAUGUGGAUUGUGCUAAGAAAGUUUUCGAUGGAAUGGCCGAGCGAAAUGCUGUUUCUUGGAAUAGCAUGAUUUCCUGUUACGAACAAAAUGGACCGGCGAAUGAAGCGCUAAAGAUGUUUGUAAAGAUGAUGGAAAAUGCAAUCGAGCCAGACGAGAUGACCCUCGCUAGCGUGAUCAGCGCUUGUGCGAGCUUAAGUGCAGACAAAGAAGGCCGGGCUAUUCAUGCCAAGUUAAUGAAAUAUGAUAAGUACCGCAAUGAUCUUGUGACGUGCAAUGCAUUGGUUGAUAUGUACGCUAAGUGUAAUAAGAUAAAAGAAGCGAGGUGGAUAUUCGAUGGGAUGCCAGUACGAAACGUAAUAUCUGAGACAUCAAUGGUAAGUGGAUAUGCGAAGGUAGCCAGCGUAAAAAUGGCAAGAAGUAUGUUCUCGAAGAUGUUGGAGAGGAAUGUUGUUUCUUGGAAUGCACUGAUUUCUGGAUACACGCAAAAGGGGGACAACGAGGAGGCACUCGGACUCUUUCUUCUCUUGAAGAGGGAAUCAAUCUGGCCGACUCACUUUACAUUCGGGAAUCUUCUCAAUGCUUGCGCGAAUCUCGCUGACUUGCAGCUUGGCAGGCAAGCUCACGCUCAUGUUUUAAAGCAGGGUUUCCGAUUCCAGCAUGGACCAGAGCCUGAUGUUUUUGUCGGAAAUGCUCUUAUAGAUAUGUAUCUGAAAUGUGGAUCGGUUGAAGAUGGAAGCAAGGUUUUCAGAAACAUGGUUGAAAGGGAUAAUGUUUCGUUUAAUGCCAUGAUCGUUGGAUAUGCGCAAAAUGGGCAAGGGACUGAAGCUCUUCGGCUGUUUAAGGAUAUGCUGGAAUCUGGAGAAAGACUGGAUCAUGUGACGAUGAUUGGAGUACUUAGUGCUUGUAGUCAUGCCGGAUUGGUUGAUGAAGGGCGCCGGUACUUUAAUUCAAUGAAGAAAGAGUAUGGUCUCGAACCCCAGAAAGAUCACUAUACUUGUAUGGUCGAUUUACUAGGACGAGCUGGUCGGCUUAUUGAAGCGAAAGAUUUGAUAGCUUCAAUGCCAAUGCCUCCGGAUAAUGUUGUGUGGGCAUCUUUGCUUGCCGCCUGCAAAGUUCACCGUAAUGUUGAAUUAGGAAGUUUUGUUGCCAAACAACUCUUGGAGAUAGAUCCGGAAAAUUCUGGCCCCUACGUUCUUCUCUCAAACAUGUAUGCUGAACUCGGGAAAUGGCGAGAUGUGACAAGAAUUAGGAAGCUUAUGAAACAACGCGGUGUGGUGAAACAGCCCGGUUGUAGUUGGAUUGAAAUAGCAAGUGAAAUGCAUGUUUUCAUGGUCAAGGAUACAAGGCAUUUGCAGAAGAGGGAAAUAUAUUCGUUACUGAGAACACUUACUAAAACGAUGAAGCUUUCAGGCUAUGUUCCAAAUGUUUGUGAUUUUGAUGCCGACAUGGAACAAGGCUACAAUGAUUUCAUCACAUACCGAGAGUCCGAGGAACUGCUAGCUCCAUCGAUCUGAUAGUAUCCAAGAUUAUCCUCCAGAUCCCGGAAAGAAUUGGCAAUCUAUUAAAAGAAUCAGGAGCCAAGAAAACAACAUAUAAGUGGACAAAAGCAUAAAAAGGUUGCAAGAAAGAAACAAGCUGCAAAGCAGCCAAGAAAUGUUGUAGUAGUGGUUGUUAUCCUUGGAGAAUGGCCAUGCUUCUCUAACCUUAUCCAAAUCAGGAACCCUUCAAAUGGAUACUUGAAGAGCGAGGCGUAGUGCAUGAAUAUCCAGUAAUUUGGGAUGUCGUGCUUCGAUAUGAAGUAGCCGGAGAACAGGAAGAACGAACCCAUGACUGCAGAAAUCACUGAGUUCCCGA